AUGGAUCACGACGGUCCAUUAGUUUUAUCAAACAUUUUAUCCUCUGAUGAAUUGGAGCAGAUGCCAAUGCUGGCACAAAAAAAACUGACGAAGUAUCUAGAUGACUUUUUUGAUGAAUAUUGCAAAAAUAAAGCGGCUGCGAAUCGUCUACAUGACUAUGAGCAAAAAACUGAAGAUUUGCAAGCUCAAAUUGAAGAUUACGAAGUGAAGUUACAGAAUUUGCAGCAAAAUGUUACUGAGCUGCGUUCGCAAUUGGACACUGUUUCUAGUGAAAGGAUGCAUUUGCUGGAUACUACUAGUACUUGCGAAAAAGAAUUUAACCAGCUACGUAAAGAGAAAAAAGCUUUGAGCGAUGAGCGUGAUCAAUUACUUAAAAUGAUAGAACGUCAGAACAGUGAGUUGGAGCGAUUGCAACAAGAUUUAAAAGGAUAUCAGCAGCAACUGAAGGCAGCUAUUGCUGCGAAAUGCGAAGCUCUUGCCCGCGUUGAUGAAGUCGAAAGUAAAGAAGUUUCAAUAGACUUUAAAGAACGGCGCAUGGAACAGGAACGCGAAAUGUUACACAAACAAGUUCAGGCGCUUACUCAAGAUCUUAACCGAAAUGUGAAUGAAUUACAAAACAUACGACGUGAAAAUACCAUGCAAUCAUUACAUUUAGAAGCCCGUCUCACAGAAAAAAUUGAAGAACUGAAAAUCGCUCAAAACCAAUGCAAUCAAUAUAAAGAGACGAAUGAACGUUUAACCCAAAACGUUCAAGAUUUAUCAAAUAAAAUGUUAUCGCAAAACGAAGAAGCCCAGAAAAUGAUGGACUAUUAUAAGAAAGAACUAGAUGCCAAAGCCAAAUUGGCAGAACUAUACAAAAGUAAUUGUGAUGAUACGGAAUUGGAGCGCACCGAACUAGGGGCAGCCAUAAGUGAAUUGAAACGUAUGUUGGCUGAAGCCAGUGAUCAAUAUGGGGAAUUGGAAACCAAAUUAAAGGCCACGGAGUUGAAACACGAACAAGAAUUGGAGGAAAAAGACAAAAUUAUUGAUUCCCUCAAGAUGGAAUUAGCGCAUGCUAACGACUUGCUCAAGGAAGUCCAGCAUGAGACAGUAGAAAAUGCUAUCUCAAAACUAGCACCCUCAGCAGCUGUUGCUUCACGUUUAAUACGUUGCGACAUGUCAUUGACUGAAUUAUAUUCUCUUUACGUUAAGAGCUCUGAGGAGUUGGAGCUACAAAAACGUGAGAAUUCGCGCAUGAAUUUACAAUUGAAAACAAUUUUAAGCGAACUAAAUGAGAAUGCCCCCAUGGUUAAGAAGCAAGAACUAGAAUAUGAAAAACUAUUGGAAACAAAUAACAUACUCACCCAUCAAUGCGAUGAAUUGAUAUCGAAGAAAGCUGAUAUGGAGGAAAUAUUGGUUGAAGCCCAUGCCAAAAUCAGUCAUAUGGAACGUGAAAAUAGAAAAUUGAAGCAAUCACAAAACGAUCUAAGUCGCCAGGUAUGCUUGCUGCUUAAAGAGGUAGAACAAUUGCGUAUCGGGCUUGCUCCUGAUGGAGGAGUCGGAAAUUCUUCACAAGCCAGUCAAAUGGUUACAACAGACGAAGUGAUAUCUAAAAAAUUAGUUACUUUCAGCAAUAUAGCCGAACUGCAGGAGAACAAUCAGAAGUUGCUAUUAUUGGUACGCGAUCUCAGUUCCAAAUUGGAGGAGGCCGAAGCUUUUAAGCAGGAGAUGGACGAGGCAUCCUAUCAAGAGAAACUGGAAAAUUAUGCUCGCAAAUUCCAAUCUAUGCAAGAUACACUAAAUCAGCAAAAUAAUACUGUAGCCACUUUGGUAUCCAAAUGCGAACGCUAUAAGAAACUUUACUUUGAGUUGCAGAAAAAACUUAAUAAGAAUAUGACUGAAGUUGAUAUCAGCGAUGUGGAAGACGAUACCAUGGGUGAAAAUCAUAACAGUAGCAGUCAUUCUACGGCUGAUAAUAACCAUACCGUCAACAAUAUAAGCCCUAAGCCGUUAACAAAGGAUAGCGAAAAACGUAUACGCGAUUUGGAACAACAAUUGCAGGAUGUUAAGGAUCAGUAUAAGAGCUUAAAAGAGCAAUAUGAGUAUUAUGUGCAAGAAAAGAAAAAUAAUGAAAAAAUACUUAACGAACAGUUCGAUUCUAUGCGAACCGAAGUGCGUGAUUUAACCUCUACCAAUUGCCGACUUAUGUCUUCCCUCGAAUAUAAUAAAGAGCAAAUAAAAUUGCAGCAGAAAAAUAUUGCGACUUAUAAGCAGCAAAUUAGCACUUUGGAAGAUCGUACUAAAAACUAUGAAAACACUAUCGUUAAGCAUGAACAGACCAUACUUUAUCUGAAGGAUGAAACGAUUAAAGCUUCUAGAGGACAUUCCGCAGCCGAAUCUGAAGCCGAUCAUUUGCGUGAUGAAAAUCGUAUGCUUAAAGACACUAUCGGACGGUUACAAGCAGAAAAAGAGUCUCAUCAUCGUGACCAACAAAAUCAAGCAUUAUUGCUAAACAAUCUUGAAUUUAUUAAAUCAAAUUUGGAACGCUCGGAAACGGAAGGCCGUGUUAGACUCGAGAAACGCUUAGAUGAAACUGUUCGUGAACUCUCUGCUCAGCGAAGACGUUUCCAAGAAGAAGAAGAUCGUUUUCGCGAAACUGUUAACGAUCUUAAGCGUCAAUCAGAAUCCGCUAAAAAACUAAUGCUUGAAGAGAAGGAGCAAAGCGACAAAUUGCGACAAGAAUUAUUAGCUUUAAGAGACGAUUUAACUGCUAAGACGCAGCAGAUUGAUGAAUUAAGCCGUAAAUUGCAAGAGAGCCUAACACCUUCGAAAAAUGAUAAUCCAAUUGUUUUGGCAAAUAAAAAAGCUCGCGAACUAGAGGUGAAAUAUGAAAAUGCAAAAAUUGAAAUUGAAUCGCUAACCAGUGAGUUGAUGAAAGCUCGUCAACAUAGCGAACAAUAUUAUAAAAUGUCGCAAAGUGCAGAGACAGAAAUAAAAAAUCUUCACGAAGUACACACGAGUUUUGUCAACAAAGCCGAGACGGAACUUAAAGAUUUACGCACGAAAGAAUUGAACAUGAAAUCCCGUAUAACCGAACUUGAGUCCGAGUUGCAAUUGGCAACGGUAACAGAAACGACAAACGGUUCUCAACCGAAUCAAUUGAAAAAAGCCCAAGAGGAACUCAAGGAUGCCCUCUUGAAGUUAAGUGAGUGCAAUCGUAAUUUACGUUCGUUACGUUCUGAGAACUCUGAACUAUCGGAAUCAUUGAGUGCCGUGGAAGCCAAAUAUGCAAAUGAAAUGAUAUUACAUUCUGCAGAUUUGCAAGAGUUGACUAAAAUUAAAGCGGAACUUGUUAAGGUUCAAGGAAAAAUUAGUUCGAUCACCACCGAACGUGAUAAUGCAAAGACUGCUCUUGAAGAUGUUAAACGAUCCAACGAGGAGUCUACAAAAAUGUUGCGUCAAGAAAAAGAAGAGUUUGAGAAACGUAUCGGGGAUAUGGAUUCGCUUAUUACUAACUUACAUAAUCAAAUUGAAGCUUUAACAACGAAGCUGGGAACAUUAAGCCAAUCGCAAAUUUCAGACGUCAACGUGAUAAUGGACACGUCUACAGGUGAACUAAGUCGAUCCCUCGUUGAAGGCGAGGCUGAGAGCAAGAACAAUGAUCAACUUUUACAAAUAAUUAAAUUCACACGUAAAGAGAAAGAUCUUGCAAUUGCAAAAUUGGACAUUUUAAAGGCGGAGAAUACCCGUCUUCAGUCCGAGUAUAUGAUAUUGCAGAAGAAGAACGAUGAGAUGCAAGAUUUCCUUAAUCAUGAAAGGGCUAAAUCUGAUACAAACCUUGUGUCCGCGUCGAAGCACGAGGAAAUUUUACGUAAGAUAGAGACCUUGAACGCCAUCACCGAUAGUAAUCGAGUGCUGCGUGAAGAACGUAACUCUUUGUCGAAACGUGUAGCCGAGUUAAAUGAACGCAUUAGUUCAUUAGAAGAGGAACUAUUUCCGUUGCAAAAUCAAAAUCGUGAACUAAGCACAAAAAUCGAUAUGCUUACCUCGGAGAACUCAUCAUUACGAACCGAGGCAAUAUUCUAUCGUCAGCGUGCUAACGAUUUGGUGGCAAAGAGCAAUAAAAAUCCAGAAGAAUUUAAACGUUUACAGUCCGAGCGCGAGAAUUUGGCGAAAAUGUUGACCGCAGAAAAAGAACAAAUUAAGCGAAUCGAAGAUGAAUUGCAAUCAGUAAAAGGUGAAAAGACUCGCUUAGAGAAUGAAAUAACUAAUCUUGAAAAGCAAUUGCAAAUACUAAGUGAGGAGAAGAAGUCAUUGAACGCGGAUAUGACAACAAUGAAACAAACCAAUUCACGUUUAAUGCAAGAGGUGAUGGAAUUAAAGAAUAAAAUUCUACAAAGGGAGGAAUCUUCGCAAAGGACCGCCGAGGAAUUCAAAACUGUGGAGUUGCAGUUGCAGGAUUCGAAAAACAAAGAGUUACAAAUACGUAAGAUAGCUAAACGCUACAAAGAUUUAUACUUGGAAGCAACUAAAAAGCCAGUGGGUGCUGAAGGUGCUACCAACGCUGUCACCCCUAACGCUACCCAAGAUAGCAUCAAAUUAGGCAAUAGUACGGAAGGAAGUUCGGUCAAUCAAAAUGAAUUGGACCAACAGCGCGGUACCAUUGAUAGCCUAAAUAAUGUAAUACGUACCAUGCAAGAGGAGAACGAAAAGAUACGCAAGGAUUAUGAAGAAUUGAAGGCGUCUGUGGAAAUUGACGAACGCACUAAGGCGUUACUGCGUGAAGCAAAGACUCACAUUGUUAGUUUAACUGAAUCGCGAAAUAUCGUUAACCACGAGUUAACUACUUUGAAGAACAAGUUCUUGCAAAAUACUGAAGCUCAUGAAGCUACUUUAAAUGAAGUGAAGCACAACUAUGAGGAAACCUUGGAACGACUAGAGCGCGAACUUGUUGAACAAAGUAAUCGAAACAAAGAGGAUAUAGCCCGAUUGCAACGUGAAAAUGAAUCUUUGCUUAUGCGAAUCAAUCAGCUUCAACGUCAACUCGGAUUGCAACAAUCAGCUAAACCUUCCACCAGUUCGGUCGCAAUUUCAGAGAAAGGCGUCAUUUUGGAUUCAUCGCCGCGCACAGCUAACGUUAAACCUAUGUCAGGCUCAACAUCGGCUCAGCAAUCGACCACAGGAACACCGCGACCUCCCCUGGCCAGCAUACGUCCUAUAUCGGUACAAAACACAAGAACAGCAGCAAUUUUGCCAACCAGCCAGCAAAGCACUACUGGUAGCGGUGCCGGGGCAGGAACGUCAGCUUCUACUUCAUCAGCUUCAACUUCAACCUCGAACACUCCAUCCUCUGCCGGUGGGAGCAGCAACACCGCUCUAGUACCUCCCCAGCAACAGGUUCAUACUACGGGCAGUAGCUCUUCCCUGGAAACCAUGUCAUCAUCGCCAACUUCGUCACAUACCGACUAUAUGCCCUCAACCAGCAGCUCAUCGUCAGUAGCAGUUGCCACCAUACCACCAAUGGGCACCACUUCAGCGGCCGAAAGCUCCCAAGAGGCAGAAAGUAUACAGCAACCACAGCAAAAUGAGCCACAAGCUCAUGUUAGCGGCGGAAGUGGAAGUCAAGUUCAAGUUGUCGCUUUAGUCUCGCCACGUGUUGAAGGCUCCUCCGCACAAACUGCCGCUUCUCCAAACGUUCAACUUAUUCAGGACCCUGGUAACCAGCAACCCAGCACAUCUAAUUCAAGCGGUUGCAGUUCUCAUGUUACUGUCAGCAGUCACAGUCGUCAUACUCCUUCCAGUAGCAACGUAACCACUACCCAAGCGGGUUCAUCAGCCGGUCAUAAGCGUCCUAGAGAAUUAGAGGGAGAUUCUUCGACAAGUGUUGAAGAGCAAAGCAAAUCUAUCUCCAGCAAACAUCCGAAACGUUUACGCACUCAAAUGCACGGUUCCGAAACAUCACUGUUAACCGUUGGAGUAACUGAUUCUGGUAUAGAUGUGGAUCAAAUGCCGACCUCUUCACAAAGAGACCAAGAAGAUGAUGUGGUAGUUGUGGAUUCAGAAGACGACGAUGGCAUGACUGAAGCGGAAGCUGAUGAUGGUGGGCCCACCGACGGUGAUGGUGAACACGAAGUAUACGAAGAUUCCUACGAUCAAGACCAGGACAUGGAUGAAAAUGAAUGUCCCGAAAUAAAUGAAAGUAAUAUGCGUGCCGAUGUAGGCGACAACGAUAAUAAUGAGGUUUACGUGGACGAAGGCAAUGAGAACCAAGUUCAAUGUACUUCAGCUAGUACGGCGCAAAUUGAUACUGAUGCGUAUGCAACAGGCGCAAGUACAAGUGCUGCUGCGGCUGCUGCUUUAGCUAAAGUUCAUAGUUUAGAACAGGAUAAUCAACAAAGUCAGGCUAUUAGCAGUGGCAGCGGUGAAUCGCCUAAUUGGAAACAAAGUUCAACUUCGUUAAAGCGACAACAAAAAGCCACGCUAAUGAUGUUGCAACAAGGGGCGCAACAGGGAGAACAUGAUAACACUGACGCAAGCUCUGUUAGGCGAUCGGAGAACACCGAUAUUGUCAGUUCGCCACAGGAUUCGAAAUGCACUCACAGCUCGGAAACAACAUCAACAAACGCUCAACAAUCUGACGAAAAUUCCACAAGCAAUGCGCAGGAAAAUCAAGCUAGUGCUGCCAAUGAAAACACUAACGCGAACAAUGAAUUCAUAAACGAAGAUUAUGAAAAGAAGAAAAGCGGUAGCGCUAAGGAGGAGGCUAUCCCUUUAGAGGAAAGCCAGAAAAACAGCGGAGACGGUGAAGAGACGGGCGAAACUGAUGAAGACUUUAAUGAGGAAACGGGCGCUUCUGGCGACUUAUCCGAAAACGCUGACAGUGAAAACGUGGGCGGAGCUACACAAUCCGAAAUGCAAGAUAUACAACAGAGCCAAGUUGAACCUACUUCGGAGGAGAAUGAAGGAACCGAUGGUGUGUCUUCCGAAGGAGAAAAGCAAACUGUGGAAGAAGUAGAGGAGGAAGGGCGUGAAGCAGAAGCUACCACUUCACCAUCAAUUAAUACUAGAUCGAAAACCACGAAAGGUUUAACGGCCACUAGAAAACCGCCGCGAGGUUUGCAACGCGGUGGCCCCGGUAGACCUACACCUAUUGUAUGGCAUGAAUCGCCAGGCACAUCUCGCACCGCUUCACCAAGUCAACGGGGUGGCGUUCAUCAAGACUCUAUCGGCAAUCCAUUGCGUACUGGUUUUAGUAAUCCGCGAGGUCAGCGCGCACGCCGUAUACGUCGACCAGCUGGCAAUUUUACUAAUAUGCGUUAUUCCUAAACACUUGAAAAUAGUCAUCAGUAAUAAUUAAUGUUUUCUUUCUGCUAGUAGUGUUGCAUACGAUUAUACAUAUACGUAAAACAUUUAUUGAAGUAUCAAAGGAAGAAAAAAGAAAAGAAGAUUGGAUUGGAAUACACAGCCGGAGAAACUUUCGUAUUUUCGAUCUUUUAAUUACUCACUUUUUCAAAUUUUUUUAUACAAAUUCGGAAUUCGGAAAUGAAUGUUUUUACUAUGCAAACUUUUCUGAGAAUUUAUUCUCAGAGUAGUCUGUGCAUGCAAGCGCGUCGUUUUUAAGUUAUCUUUAAACAUAUUCAUUAUAAUUCAUCAUCGAAUUCAUAUUAUCACAAUUUUGCAACAUACAUAUGUAUGCCUAAAUACUUAUUAUAAUAAUAAAACAAAAACAAAAAAAAA